AUGGAAGGUUUUCUAAGGGAACAAAAGGAACUUGGCAUGCCUAAAGGAUGUGAGAUCACCAAGGAGAAUCAAGUCACAAUUGGACACCCUGAAACAAAGAAUCAGUCAUCCAUGAUGGAAGUGAUACUGGUAGGUCUGACCAGUUUCCCCGGAUUACAGAGAAUUCUCUUUGGUGCAUUCACAUGUAUCUAUGCUACAGCCAUAGUUGGUAACUUACUUGUCAUCUUCAUCAUUUGGAAAUGCAAGAAACUUCACACUCCGAUGUACUUCCUGCUCAUCAAUUUGUCCUUUGUGAAUGUGUUCUCAAUCACAAUUACAACUCCCAAACUGCUCCAGACUCUUUUGGGACAGAAAAAGACCAUCUCAUUGUAUGGUUGCAUCACCCAGAUGUUUUUCUUCAUAUGGACAUUGGCGGCAGAAAUUCUGCUGCUCUCUUUCAUGGCCUUUGAUCGAUAUGCUGCUAUCUGCCACCCUUUGCAGUACAUAAUCAUCAUGAGAAAGGAAGUGUGCAUUGGGGUAGCAGCUGCCAUAUGGGUUGUAGGAAUGAUCAAUUCGGCAAUUCAUGCUGGUCUUCUUCUUCGGUUGCCCCUUUGUAGCCCUCCAUACAUUAUCAACCACUUCUACUGUGAUUAUCCCCCACUUUUAAAGCUCUUCUGCUCAGACACCAGCCUGGAUGAGACAAUGACUUUUGUAGCAGCUCUGUUCUUUGCGUGCUGUAGCUGUGGGUUGACUGUAAUAUCAUACUGCUUUAUCGUGAGAGCUAUUUGUAGAAUCCGUUCCACUGAAGGAAAAAAGAAAGCAUUCUCAACAUGUUCUUCUCAUCUCAUUGUAGUCAGUUUUUUCUUUUCCUCGGUUAUUUACACAUACACCAGGCCUGCCUCAGUCCACUCUCAGGACAAAAUAAUUUCUCUCUUUUAUUCGGUACUAAACCCAGUUUUUAAUCCCAUUAUAUAUUCUCUGAAAAAUAAAGAUUUUAAGGAAGCGCUCAUGAAAACUACUGGAAGUGGUAGACUGCUCCAGAGACUUCAGAUUAAUCUACAGAAACUUCUAGAACACUGA